GGUACUUAGGAAACUGUCCCAUGCGAUUUAGGUCGAAGCUUUGCGUACAUCGUCCGUUCGUGUUAUUUAUUAGAUAUGCCUCUUAUUAAUUAGUAUAACCUAAAUCAAACUUUUCCUGCUCUUCAAAUCAACCGGAUGAUACAAAGUCAGAUCAGUAGUCGAAGUCAUGGAAAUCUUCAUGCUUGACCCCCGGGAGUUCCUGGGGAACAGUGACGACGACGAUGAGAGUUAUCAUGCGACAGGGGAAGAAAAGCAAGGAGAGUUUGGCAAGGUGGCCGAGACAAAGGAUCUCUAUCGCGUCGCCAAAGACGGCCCCUGGGAAGAAUGGGCGCCAGAAGACAUAGCGAUUGGCUUGAAUUCAAUACGGGAUUCGGAAAAAUUCGCCCUUAUAAGGCGACAAGAAAAGCAUGUCGACGACAGUGGCAAUCCAAUACUUAAGCUACAUUCAAUCAUUAUACAGAGUCCCUUGAUCAAGGAGCAAUUAGGUUGUGUCUUCAAGGGCUAUCGGGGUAUAAAUACAAACCUCAAAGACCUGAAAUUUCAAGCACCCUUCCACCCAUUCUUCUACCGAUGGACGCAGCUCGAGCAGUAUUUGCCCAGCCAUUGCGAGGAUGGCGAACACUAUAGGCUCCUACGUGAAGCCAUCGGCCCAGAGAUAAAGCCACAUAUCGAUCGAGUCAGUGAUCUCAAAAACAACAAUGUCAUCUCUUUCGACUAUAUCUGGGCACUUUUCGAACCCGAGGUAGAGAUAUACUCAAAUAUCGAUGGUCAAGAUCGUCUAUAUCUUCUAGAGAGUGGUCAGUACGGUAAACUACUUACUGGAGUGAAGGUAUACAGCAUUUCGGCUCGCUUUAUCGACACGGACGGUCAUAACUUCGGAUAUGUUAAAGAAUGUCUUUCUAUAUCCGAGUUCAAUGACUUGAAACCUAUAUCCGAGCUCAAUGUUUUGCCGAGCUGUUUGAAGCGAGACAUCGCUGUUAUCCGGGAUAGGUUGACGAAAAGGGGACAAAUAUUCGGAGAACUGAAGGGGCUUCACCACAAGGCAUAUUCUGGCGAAUAUCAAGCAUGGGAGGCUCGAUCAGAGACCUUCAAGACACGUUACAAGAUUGAUGACGGAAGAAUGUAUAUCGACUGCAAGUCAUUCACGACUUGCACUGGUGUAGAUCCUGAUAAGUUAGGCCCGCUUGAUGAGCCAUCGACCUCUAGUCACUCGAGCAACUCAGAAGCCGGCAACUCCCUCUCUCGGAAAUAUUAUCCGUUAUGCAAUCCUUCUGUCAAGGGUUUUUGUCUGAAGACAAAAGAAUGGGUCCUUUUAUCUGUCGACCUAUUGAAAGAGGUAGAGUGGAGCGAGAACGCAUUUAAACAGCUUGCUUUACCACAACACUACAAGCGGAUUGUAUACGCAUUUGUUAACAGUCAGCUUUCUCAGUCAGAUGACUUCGACGACGUAGUCAGAGGCAAAGGAAAAGGUGUGAUCAUGCUUCUGAGUGGGGAGCCUGGGACUGGUAAGACGCUCACGUCUGAAUCAGUGGCAGAGGAGAUGAAAAAGCCACUCUACAGCAUGGGCGCAGGCGAACUAGGUGAUACAGCCGGCGAAGUGGAAGAUAAUCUACAACGCGUGCUUGGGCUGGCCACUAGGUGGAAUGCUGUCCUACUCUUGGACGAGUGUGACGUUUUUCUAGAGCAACGCUCACCUUCUUCUAUGGAUCAGAACAGGCUUAUAACCGUCUUUCUCCGGGCACUAGAAUACCAUCAAGGGGUACUUUUUCUGACGACAAAUCGCCUAGCGGCGUUCGACCCUGCCUUCGAAUCACGAAUACAUCUCACAAUUCAUUUUCCCAAGCUUGGUUUCAACAGUAGGCUAUCGAUUUGGCGCAAUCUUGCCAAACCUAACUCCGCAAGCAGCAACUUGACCGAGCACGAGUUACAGGAGCUUGCCCGUACCGAGCUCAAUGGGCGGCAAAUCAAGAAUGUCAUCAAGACGGCGAGGUUAUUAGCCGCAAGAGAUCGGUUGCCGCUUGCCUUUAGCCAUAUCGAGAUGGUACUGAAAGCGAAAAAGGUCAAUUAUAUGACGUUUUCCAGACGCCUCGCUGCCUGGAGAUCGUGGAUGUUCGGCUUUAGGCGCAUCUUGGGAUAA